UGUUCCCUCCCAUCCACAUGCACAACGUCUACAGCCGCCCCAUCACCUUCGUGGUGGACAGGAACAGCUACCCUGACUACGCGGGAGGCCAGGUGGAGUAUCACCACCUCUACGGUGCCUCCCACCCCUACCUGCCCCCGUACUACGCCUGGCACUUCCCCCCCCGUGCUCCCCAUCCCUCUGUACAGCCCCUACCCAAGCUACCGUCCCUACGCCGCCUACCAGAGGGCGGAUCAGUAUCGAGACACAUGGCCGGAAGGCUUCACGAUGAGAGGGGAGCUUCAGUGGGGGAAGCUUGGGAAGGUGUUCGGGCCGAGGAAAGAGCUCCCGGAAUUUGUGAAGGAUGAUCUGCGGAGGGUUUAUGGCACCUACCCACGGACCAACGUCUCCAUAACCUACCGGAAAGGGGAGUUCUUGGUCAAGGGAGACCCCAAGGUAGGAGAGCAGGAAUAUAUGGUGGAAAAAAAGGUCAUCCAGAGGGCUCUGACCCCCAGCGCCAGCGAGGCAGACGACAGCAGCGAGGACCGGAGUCGGAAGAAGAAAAAGAAGCUGCGACACUGAUGCGGCC